CUGUGGUAUCAACAAUACCUGGACGUUGUGGUCACAGUUGGUGCAUCAUAUAAAUGGCUCAGGCAGAACGUUCGAAAUUUGUAGAGUCAAACGCAUCCUACCAAUCAACCAUGUCCUCUUCGGAAUCUGCACCGCUACUCGAAAAUGGUGGCCAUACAGGUCAUAGAAACCUCACCUUCACUCGUCGCGUUAUCAAUUUCAUGAAAGGCGAGAGCGAGCCAUCAUGGGAAGAAUCGUUCAAGUUCUUUAUUUUCGGGACUUGGCUCAAUAUCCUACUCGUAUUUGUACCUCUGAGCUUCAUCUCACACAACAUGGACUGGGAUGUUGGCCUCGUAUUUCUGUUUAGCUUUAUGGCCAUCGUGCCCUUGUCCAAGCUGUUGGGCGAGGCAACAGAUCAGUUGUCGGUCAAAUUAGGAGAGACCAUGUCAGGUCUCCUGAAUGCAUCGUUUGGGAAUGCCGUAGAAAUCAUCAUCGGCGUUGCUGCUUUACUCACUGGUCAAUUACGAAUUGUUCAGACGUCCAUGAUUGGAUCGAUUUUGUCAAACAUAUUGCUCGUCCUUGGUUGUUCGUUUCUGGCCGGUGGAUUAUACCAUAGAGAAGGACUUUUCAAUGGUACCGGAGCUCAGGCAUCUGCCUCCCUUAUAACUCUAUUGUGCAUCACGUUUGUUGUGCCUGCGGCCUAUGCAAGUACUACGGAUCCUGGAAAGGAGACUUAUUGCAGUAAUCCGGAUGAGUGUCCCACCGCGGGUCUUCUCUUUAUCUCCAGAGGAACCGCCAUAUUGCUCCUAGGGGCGUACUGUGCCUACAUUUGGUUUCAGUUAAAGUCUCAUCCCGAUCUCUUCGUCGCGCCUUCUUCACAAAACAGUGAUGUAGCAGUAGCAUUGUCGGAAACGGACGAAACAGAGCCUCGCAUGGGAACGGCCGCUGCUGGUGUUGCACUAUUAUUGGUCACUGUCGUCAUCGCAUUUUGUGCUGAGCAUCUGGUCACCUCCAUCGAGGAAACUGCAGCCCGCUAUUCCAUCACGAAAGCCUUCAUUGGUGUUAUCUUGUUGCCGAUCGUGGGAAAUGCCGCAGAACAUGUCACUUCAGUCUGGAUGGCAAUGAAGAACAAAUACGAACUCACCAUCACCAUCUGCGUUGGAAGUUCGAUUCAAAUUGCCUGCCUCGUAGUGCCGCUUCUUGUGAUCAUCGGUUGGAUCGUCAACCAACCCCUGACAUUGUACUUCCACAACUUCGAGACAAUCGUGCUCUUUGUAUCUGUCUUCCUAGUCAAUCUAUUGCUCAUGGACGGAAAAGCCAAUUAUCUGGAAGGUCUCAUGCUCCUUACCCUCUACUUGGUCAUCGCCCUCGCAUUUUGGGUGGUCUGAGAUACCAUCGAUUAUUGUCAUUAUUGGCAACAUAUAUUUUGCGACUGCUAGUAAAUCAGUUUCUGCGCCACCUAUGUCCUUAUGCUCCACCUAUUUAUUUCGGCAACACUAAAACAUGUGUGUACAUAGUAUGACUUCAUCGAGAGAAA